AUUAUGGUUUUUUUAAAGCUUAUGUGUUUGUUUGUUGUAUCAUGUGGUUUGAAUUCAUGUCAGCUUUGUUAAUAAUUUGAAUUCAUCUUAUUGUUGUGGAAAAUGAUACAUAGAUAAGAAGCCCCUUCCCUUGAUACCACACACACAAUAGAAACAAUGAGUAAAUGAAUAUUGGCGUGAAUUGUAUAUUUGUCUUGUUUUUUUACUUCAUUCCUCUCAAUUUAAUGGUUCAAAUUUACAUCAAGUUUGUAAUUCAUAAUAGAAACGGAGGAAGAAGUCAAAUUUUAUCUGUGAUCCAUGAUUAGAGAUUGGUUGACUCCAAACUAAAUAGGAUUUAAUAGCUUGACAAUGUGCGGAAAUUUUAUAAAAUACAUUUUCUCAACCCGGAAUUCUGAUUCUCUAUGGCUGUUGUAUGAUAUUGUAGCUCUAGAGAGCGUUAGAUUUUGAGAGAAUAUAAUUUAACGGUCUCGACAACUACUGCAUCAUACAACAAUAGUUGUAGAGGAUCCAAUUUCCUCUAGUUGGGACUACAUAUAAAAUUAUUACACGUGUAAAACAUUUUUUUAAAACAGAAAAAUAACAUUAUUGGAGGUGCCAAAGUUAACCGUUUGUCUGUUAUUCCUUGCUAAAUUUGUGAGUUAUCAAUUUCUGUUAAUUAAAUGAGAGAGAAAUAGAAAAGAACAGACAGGCAAGUCCAAUUCUAAGACCUCAAGAGUCAAAGAUAAACAGGUAAUAAACAGUUGGGCAUAAAGUGUUAUGAGUUGCAAAAUCUAAUCUAAGGUACAUUCUAUUAUAAGAUAAACAUAAUUUACCAGUCAACAAAUGCCUACCCUUUUCUAGAACAUGAUUAUUAAGGGACACAUAGUAUAGUUUCAAGAACAUGUCCCGUGAUUAUAUACGCAACUCCAAAAAACUCUUCCCGGAUCUAAGUUGAUAAGACAUACCCUGAAUUAUUUGAUAUGACAUGCUUUCAAUAGGGCACAAAGCAUUUUGCUUUCACAUUCUAAAGAACAUGUGGGGUCAUUAUGAUCUGGUCAUGAAAUUAUUUUUGAUUUAAUCCUGCAUUAAUCUUUAGAGUCUUCUGCUACUAUAAAUCUAUCUUUGGAUCUAUAGUCAUCAUAUACACAAUACCUUCUUUUUGUUUCUCUUCAUAAAAGUGUAGUGAUUUUUCUCCUCUUCUUAUGUUGAUUGCAAUUAUUUUAAUUGAAAAUUUUUAAUUUUUGCUUGGUUCGUUGAAAAUAUGGUGUCCUAUUAACAGAUCUUAGAUAAACUCUAAUAUUAUCUUAUGUUUUGAGUCUGAUUUAUCUUCACAAAAUCAGCUUGUAAGGUGAGGUUCUGAUAGUGAUGGGAAUGGAGAAGCCACCAGUACAUGGUUCAACAACAGGUGAUUGUAAACCACUAACAACGUUUGUUCACACAAACACAGGUGCAUUUAGGGAAGUAGUGCAAAGAUUAACAGGUCCCUCAGAAGGCAAUGCAACAAAGGAAGAGCAAACUGCAAAGGUUGCACCGAUUACAAAGAGAACACCACCAAAACUCCAUGAAAGAAGGAAAUGCAUGAAGCCAAAACUUGAGAUUGUUAAACCAAAUUUACAAUAUCACAAACAACCAGGUGCAUCACCUUCCUCUAAGUCAAGAAAUUCUAGCUUUCCUUCAAGUCCUGUAUCAGGUAGUGGAAGUUCUAGUCUUCUUCCAAGCCCUACCACACCUUCAACAUUGUUCUCUCGGUUAACUAUUAUGGAAGAUGAAAAGAAACAAGGAUCUGUGAUAAAUGAAAUAAACAUAGAAGAAGAAGAGAAAGCUAUCAAAGAGAGACGAUUUUAUUUGCAUCCAUCACCGAGGUCUAAAGCAAGUGGCUUCAAUGAACCAGAAUUGCUUAACUUGUUUCCCCUGGCAUCUCCUAAGGCAUGUGAGAAAGUAUGAAUAUGAUCUUGAGGAUGCAACUAUUUUACCUUAUAUUUAUCAAGUAUGUAAUGACAAAUCGCUCUCAAGAAUACAAGUUCAAAUUUCAUUGGAAUAAUCAUUUAUCAAAGUUUUAUUUAUGUCCA